AUGUUCUCUUCCGAUCAAAUCUCCAAGGCUCACUUCCAUCUUAACUGUUCUAUCGAUCAAGGGACAUACUUCACCUGGUACACCGGCGUCAUCGAAGGCAGACCUUACUCGAUUAAGAUAUAUACAGAAUACGAAGAGCCUUACAACGAUAUUGCCUUCUUGUCUGCUAGGAUUGCCAAAGAGAUUCCUAUUGCUGUAGCUUAUCUUCACACGGCUUUCCCUAGAAUCAUUAUACAUAGAGAUAUCAAGGCAACAAAUGUUUUCUUGGAUAAGAAUGGGACUGCUAAGCUCAGUGAUUUAUCGAGUGCAAUAACGCUCCCUGAGGGUAAAUCGUGGAUUGAAGAGCCGGUGGUUGGAACUUUCGGAUACACAGAUCCCGCUUAUUUCUCCACAGGCAUACUGAGAGCAUAUUCAGAUGUGUUCAGUUACGGAAUCUUUAUGUAUGAGAUACAUUUUCCAGCAUCUUGCUAA